AUGACUAUUCAAGGAUCCAACGUGCUCCUCACUGGGGCUUCUAUGGGAAUCGGCUCCGCCAUCGCCGAAGCACUCGCUGCGAAAGGCGCGAAUUUGAUUCUCUUUGCGAGAUCUGAGGAUAAACUACAGAGCCUCGCGGACAAAAUCAAGAAGCAGCAUGCAACCAAGGUGAUCUACAAAGCAGUCGACAUCCAAGACUACACCGCGGUCGAAGGCGCCGUUAAAUCCAGCGUGCAGGAACUUGGCCAAAUCGACAUUCUUGUCAACAACGCCGGCCUGGCCCUCGGCGCCCCCUCUGCAUUCCACGACCUCCGAGUAUCAGACAUCCUAACCAUGAACAACACCAACAUAAACGGCUUCAUGUUCGCAACCCACGCAGUGCUAAACACCUCCAUGAUCACCCGCAAGAUUGGCACAAUCCUCAACAUAACAUCGGUAACUGGCCUUGAAGUGCCCCCCUUCCCAGGCGAAGCAGUCUAUCACUCAAACAAGGCGGCACAGGAGGCCUUUACGAAUGCAUUGCGCAACGAGCUGAGCGGAACGAAUAUCCGCGUUAUGGCGCUGCGACCCGGUUGUGUAGCAACGAAUUUCCAUUCGCAGCGUGUUGGACAUGAUAAAGAGAUGUAUAAUAGCUUCUUUGAGGGAUUUCAGCCUCUUGAACCAGUGGAUGUCGCAGAAUCGGCCGUGUAUAUGCUGGAGCAGCCGUUGAACAGAUCAGUGAAGGCUCUUGAUGUUGUUCCUUCUGCGCAACGAUCGUUGACUGUGUUUGACCGGGAGUGGAACAAGAGAAAUGCAUAG